AUGGUAGUUUGUCUCUUGUGGAGAAUCUCAAAGUGGAGAGAGACCGACGUAGGACUUGAGUCGGUAAUUAAUGCUUUCAGCAGCCAAAUGAGACGUGUAUCUGCAUUACAAAAGAAAGACUCAGAGUUGGUCUCAAUAGGCAAAAUCAAGGUGGUUGUGCUUGGUGAGGCAUUUGUGGGUAAAACAACGCUAUUUAAACGCUGGAUGGGGUCUCGAGUCGAAGAAUAUUACGUCCCAUCAACCUCUGUCAGCGUUGGUGUGAAGCUGCUUCGAUUGGAAGGGCAAGACCCGGUUUUGGUUGAAUUAUGGGAUGUGCCAUCUCAGACUUUUGCAGGGCCUCAAAUCUUCGCACGCUACUUGCAAGGGGCUCAAGCAAUCGUGUUAGUCUUUAGUCUACAAACACCAGCUUCAUGGCAAGUGCUACCAACGCACCUUGACGUCGCUCGUCGAGAGAUUGAUGCGACGGAGACAAUUGAAAUGCAAAGAACCAAGUCACUACCAGUUAUUAUGAUCGGCAACAAAAGCGACUGCAUACGAUUAGAAAUGCGAAAUGAACAAGAGGCUGCUCGAUUGUGGUGCAAGGAUCAUGAUGCUGCCUAUGUGGAAGUAUCAGCGCUCGUAGGAGACUCAUCUUCCAUAUUUGACAUUUUAAAGCUUGUCAUUUUAAUGAAGUCAAACAAAGCACCUCAAUAA